UCACAGUGUCCUUGCUAGCUUGCACGGAUAUUCGGUUCUCACUUGCAUUUCUGAGGGGCCUGAUGCUGGUCCUCACACACUCGAUCGUUAUGAUCAUCUUAACUAAAUGCCCACACGGAUAUGCGGCCCCGAUAUUAUUCGGCACUGCAUCUGAGUAUCACUGUCGCACAAAGGCCUCAUCGACCUUCAGCAUUUAGAAGCUCACCACGUGUGUUGAGUGUCCAAAGAUCUCUCUCCUCCAUCCACCGACCAUGUCACUGCGGCAAACGGCUGAAGGUCUCAGGCGAAAGAUCGAUGAGAUCCUCGCAGCAGGAGGCGACAUGGCGAUACCAAUUCUCACAGCCGUCAACGUUGCGGCUGAUAUGUUCCCUCCUCUAAAGAGCGCAACUAACGGCGCACUCUUUAUCAUCGGCGAGGUUCAAAAGUUCAAGGAGAAUAAGAAAGAAUGGGAAGACUUUGGGAAAUACGUUGUGGAAAAUGUGGCUGAAGUAGUUGCAGCCAUAAAGUCCUAUGAUCCGUCAACGGAAGAGGCAAAGCCAUGGGUGGAAAGCGCUGAAAAGCUUGAUCGUGUGCUACAAAAGAUCAAGUUCGAAAUCGAACAACGUCGCACAAAAGUAGAGAAACGGUCGGCUUUUGUCAAUGCAUUGUCCCACUUGAGAGAUCCGGGAAGAAUUGAUGCUCUAAAGAAAGAUCUUGACAAAGCAUUGGCGUCAUUCCAGCUCAGGACGAAUUUAACAAUUGGUGUUAAAUUGUUGGCGAUGGGAGAUGACUCGAUUCUUGGUAGACUCCGAUACCCUGAUAUCGCCCACUAUGAUUCAACUCAAGCUUGCCUGGAAGGCACUAGGGUUGGUCUCAUUGAACGAAUUAUGGCCUGGUGUCAUAACACCGCGGAUAGCGAGAAUCGGUUGGCAUCGCUGAGCGCUGUGGCCGGCGCUGGCAAGACUUCCAUCGCGCACACGAUUGCAGAGAGAUGUAAAAGGGAAGGCACUCUGCUACUCUGCUUUUUCUUCAGGGAAGGUGAACAGUCCCGACCUGAUUGCCUAUUCAGCGGUAUCGCUCAAUCUCUGGCAAAUCGUGACUCGGUUUACCGCAUUGUCAUCACCUCUACUCUUCGAAAGGACCCGACUCUUUCAACGGCUUCAUUCACGAUGCAGUUCAAGGAAUUGGUGGCUUCGCCUCUUCUCCAUAAACAUCCAUGUUCUGACCAUCCAAUGGUGGUCAUCAUUGAUGCUUUAGAUGAGUGUGACGAAGAAGCAUUUGAGCCCCUUGCGAAUAUUCUUCGGGAAGAAGUGCCCAAAUUACCUUCCUCCAUAAAGUUCUUUAUCACAUCAAGACAAUUCGAUCGUGUCAAUCGCUUCCUCUCAUCCCACCCGCAUAUCGAUCGUCUUACUAUAGAUCUCUCGGAUGAUGCAAACGUGCAGGACUGCGCGAUGUAUAUACGUUCCCAGCUGCAAACGCUGAAGAAUUGGCAUCCCGAUAUACGGCAUAGACUUGAGGAUGAAGAGAAAGCAGUAGAAGGGAUCUUGGAACGAGCAGGUGGCUUGUUUGUUUGGAUCAGCACCAUUUUUCGUUACAUGAGGAAGGCCAGCAAGGACCUCAUGAGGACGCUGGAGGGGCUGCUCAGCACAGGGGUGAAGGGAUCGGCGGUUUCUGCUGAGGGGAUGAUGGAUCGGUUGUAUUCGAGCAUUCUAAAGAAGUGCGGUUGGGAGGAUGAAGAUUUUGGGCACGACUAUCCGGUUGUGAUGGGGGCAAUCUUCGUUGCACAACAGCCUCUGUCUGUUGCGGCUUGGGAUGCAAUUUUGUCACCAUUCUUGAAGUCGUCGGUUCGAUCUACAUUGGCUGAACUUGCACCUCUCCUGUCAGGACUUGAGGAUCCUGACAAUCCGAUUCGCAUUUUACACCAAUCUUUCCGCGACUUUAUUCUAGAACGGAUCAAUCCCCAAUUAAUCAGCCUUCGUUGCAAUCCAGUAGAUGUGGGACGGGAGAAUGCGAGAAUUGCCCUCCGAUGUACUGAGGUUCUGAAUCAGGAUCUCCCCUCUUUAGAGGGCCUUGGACUGAUUGAGGACUUGCACGAAAAAGAUGAACUGCCGCGCAUUCCCCGAGAGGAGUUAUCCGAGCACUUGCAUUACGCAUGUCGCUACAUAGUUUAUCACCUCAGUGGAAUCCAGGAACAGUCGCAGGAGCUCGAUAAAUCAGUUCGCACAUUUCUGAGUCAGCAAGCCACUCGCUGGGUGGAAGUCUGCGUGAGAAUGGAAGGCUACAUCAGUGUCUCGAUACUCCCUGAGUGGGCUGAGUUGGUGGUUGACCAAAGGUCAAUAGAUGCUGUCUGCAUGCUGGCCAAUCUGCUUUCCCAGCUCCAGUUGAACCUGAGAUUUUUUUUAAGAUUCAGGGAGGCAUAUGAGGCAGCAGAUGAUUCAGUUGCACUCUGCCGUUGCCUUGUUUCCGUGGACUCAGAGUCCUACACCCCGAAACUGGCUUGGUCACUUGGCAUUUUAUAUUUGACUCUUUUAGAUCUCGGACGGCACUCAGAAGCACUCCCAUUCAUCAAGGAGAGCGUCAAACUCUACCGCCAGCUCGUUGCUGUUCACCCAGGAUACACCCCAGGUUUGGCUUUGUCACUCAACCGUCUAUAUCUCGCUCUUUCGAAUCUCGGACGGUACUCGGAGGCACUCCCAUUCAUUGAGGAAAGUGUCAAACUCUGGCGCGAGCUGGUUGCCAUUCACCCUGGAUCAUACACCCCAGAUUUGGCUCGGUCACUCAACAAUCUAUUCCCCUCUCUUUCAAAACUUGGACGGCACUCGGAGGCACUCCCAUUCAUCAUGGAAAGCGUCAGACUCUACCGUGAGCUGGUUGCUGUUCACCCAGGAUUCUACACCCCAGAGUUGGCUCAGUCACUCAGUAAUCUAUCUCUCUCUCUUUCGAAUCUUGGACAGCACUCGGAGGCACUCCCAUUCAUUGACGAAAGCGUCAAACUCCGGCGCGAGCUGGUUGCCAUUCACCCAAGAUCAUACACCCCAGAUUUGGCUCAAUCACUCAAUAAUCUAUAUCUCUCUCUUUCAAAUCUUGGACAGCACUCGGAGGCGCUCCCAUUCAUCGAGGAAAGUGUCAAACUCCAGCGUGAGCUGGUUGCCAUUCACCCAGGAUCAUACACCCCAGAUUUGGCUCGGUCACUCAACAAUCUUUUUCUCUCUCUUUCAAAACUUGGACGGCACUCGGAGGCACUCCCAUUCAUCACGGAAAGCGUCAAACUCUGGCGUGAGCCGGUUGCCGUUCACCCAGGAUCAUACACCCCAGAUUUGGCUCAGUCACUCAACAAUCUAUAUAUCUCUCUUUCGAAUCUUGGACAGCACUCGGAGGCACUCCCAUCCAUUGACGAAAGCGUCAAACUCUGGCGCGAGCUGGUUGCCAUUCACCCAGGAUUAUACACUUCAGAUUUGGCUCGGUCACUCAACAAUCUAUAUCACGCUCUUUCAAAUCUCGGAUGGCACUUGGAGGCGCUCCCAUUCAUCGAGGAAAGCAUCAAAGUCCAGCGCAACCUAGUUGCCGUUUACCCACAAUCAUACAAUGCAGAUUUGGCCCGAUCACUCAAUAGUCUAUAUGGCGCUCUUUCGAAUCUCGGACGGCACUCGGAGGCACUCCCAUUCAUCGAGGAAAGCGUCAAACUCCAGCGUGAGCUUGUCGCCGUUCACGCAGGAUCAUACACCCCAGAUUUGGCUUGGUCACUCAACAGUCUAUAUCACGCUCUUUCGAAUCUCGGACGGCACUUGGAGGCGCUCCCAUUCAUCGAGGAAAGUGUCAAACUCCAGCGCGACUUAGUCGCCGUUCACCCAGGAUUAGAUUUGGCCUGGUCACUCAACAGUCUAUAUGGUGCUCUUUCGAAUCUCGGACGGCACUCGGAGGCGCUUCCAUUCAUCGAGGAAAGCGUUAAACUCCGGCGCGAGCUGGUUGCCGUUCACCCCAGAUCGUGCACCCCAUAUUUGGCUUGGUCACUCGAUAAUCUAUAUCUUGCUCUUUCGAAUCUCGGACGGUACUCGGAGGCGCUCCCGUUCAUCCAGGAAAGCGCCAAACUCUACCAUGAGCUAGUUGUCGUCAACCCAGGAUUACACGCCUCGAAUUUGGAUUGGUCGCUCAACGCACUACGCACCACUCUUUCUGACCUCGGACGUGAUUCUGAGGCACUAAUUUGA